ACCAGCGCCGGACCAAUCGCAGCCGGCCCCGCGUCGCCGUGGCAACCGGCUGUACACAAGAUGGCGGCGGGAGGUGCAGCUCACGCUGACGUGGAGCUCUCGUCCUCUCUGGCGGAAAAAAUCUCUCUGUUGGAACAAAAAAUAGAGAAACAAGCAGAAGAAAUCCAGCUGCAGGACGGGAGGAUCGCCGAGCUGGAGGAGAAGAUAAAGACUCUUCAGGAAGGGGAAGAUGCUUCUGACUCGGCCAGCACAGAACUGGAAAUGAGGUGCUUUCGGCUGCAGAGCCAGGUCUGGGAGAUGGAGCGGUUCCUGAACGACUACGGCCUGGUCUGGGUUGGAGAGGCACGGCACCAGCUGGGAGACCCAGAACCACUCCAGGAGGAGGAGCUGCCAGCAGGGAACCCCUGCAAGCCGGGUGAGCCCGGUGUGUGCAAACACCAGAUUGACUUUGAUUUAAUCCUGGAGAACAUUAAGGAUUUGAACUCGCUGGUGGGAGAGGGCAUUCCUCAGAUCGUGCACACGCCUCGGGGGGCUCGGCUGGGGCGGCCGGAGCCGCUGCCUCUGACCCUGUACCGAAAUGGGAUCGUCGUGGGACACGGAGCCUUCCGGCCCUACCAGCACCCAGCCACGCAGCAAUGCCUGCAGGACAUCAUGGAUGGUUAUCUCCCCUCAGAGCUGCAGCCAAGCUACCCCGAUGGUAUUUGCUUACAGGUCACCGACAGGAGGGACGUGGUGUUUCAGAAGCCAGACCUUCCAGGGAGCUUUCCUGGCCUUGGCCAGGCGGUGGGUACCUCAGAAUCCAACAAAGCGCAGGAAACCUCCACGAUCCCAGGUCCCACAAGCUCCUGGGAGCAGCUUCCCCACCAGCUGUCCCAGCCCCUGCAGCACAGAGGGAGAGUGGGCAGUGCCCGAAGCGCGGCCGGAGCAGCGCCACAGGGUUCUGAGGAGCAGCAGAGGAGCAAGGAAAUCCUGGUGGAAACACCUGGGCUGGCUGCCCUGCAGAGGGUGAGGCCAGCACAGGAGGCUGGAGCUCCCAUCUCUGCCUGCUGCACCCUGCGCGUCAGGUCCGAGAGCGGGGAGCGGACCUACGAGCUGAGGAUGCUGCUCACGGACACCAUCGGGGACCUGCGCCAGCACCUCACCCACAUCAGGGGUGGAAACUCGGACUAUGAGAUCAUCAGCACCUUUCCCCAGAGGGUGUACACCGACAGCUCCAGGAGCCUGCAGGAAUGUGGGCUGGUCCCCAGGGCCUCUCUGCUGCUCCGCAGAAGAAACCCAUCCCAGCAGGAGGGGAGGGGGCUGCAGACAGCCUGAAGUGCUCACCCCCAGCUCUGCACAGGGAGGGAGCUGCCUCUCAGCUUAUCCGACCUGCCCCGGCUGGGAAAAAGGGAGAGGUUUUCUUUCCAGAUUCAGUUUCACUGUGCCACUACCUGGGAUGGAGAAGAGCUGGGAGCAGCCAUUGGGCCACUCCCGUGGGCAGAGGGGGCCAGGCCCGGUCCUGCUGCCUCACAGUGGCUGCUGCUCCCCUGACAGCUGGGUCCCAGCACAGGGACACUUCCACCAGCUCCCCUGGGCUCCUCAUCUCUGUGCAGGGCUACCCAGGCUGACCCCUGCCCAGGGGAGCCUGCCAGCCUCAGCCCAGCACCGGGCAGCUGCUUAGCAGUGCUCAGGGACUGGAGCAGCAGGAUGGACACACAGCCAGGGGCAGUUUGUGUUCUGCACACAGCAGCUCCCUACAGAUCUCACCUGCUCUGGCAGCAGGGGACAAACAGGCUCAGUUCCACGGCCUCUGCUGGAGCUAAACCUGAAGGCCUUGAGCCAUUGCAGUGCUGGGGCUGAGCCAGGCUCGGCUCAGCCCUGCUCCUGGGUUUCCUGUACGUGCACAGCUCCUUCCCUUGGACAGCCCCCAGCUGCAGCGGCCCCGGCUCCAGCCUGCCUGGAGGUACCCGCCCUCCUCCUCCCGCUGCUGGAUGCUGCAACAGGACACCGUGUCAUUGGAGACAGCAUAAUCCCUCCGUGCUCUCUGCCCAACCCUGAACAAAGCAUCUUCCUCCCCGUCCAGUGGGCUGGGGCUGCACUUUUCCUUUUUCCUUUCCCCAGCACAUUCUUCCCAUUCCAGCUGUGACAAGCUCUCACUUGACUCCCAGCUGACAACACUCCCACUCACACGAGGCAGGGCCUUCUGGCAGGUUCCCUCUCUGCACAGACCCAGCCCUCAUUAAAGGUUCCCAAUAAAACCCUUUAUUUCAACUGCCAUUUCCACUUCCUUUAGAUUUCAAAGGCACGGUUACUGUGGAAGCUCAGAGCUCUUCCCAGACCCCUCUGACCAGAGCAGCACAACUCAAACACAGGAAGCAAACCAGCAGCUUCCACAGCUCCCCGUGAGCAGUGACUCAACCCACACAGCUCUCCCUCAGCUUCCUCCUUUUUCCACCUGUAGCACAUUCAGGAGCAGCUGUUUCCCCUGCCCCUCUGUAUCCUGGUCUAAUCUUUGUGCCAAAGGUUUGUUUUGCACUCCCACGUCUGGCUGAGGCUGUCCCUGCCCCGGGCUGCCACUGUCACCAGGCAGAGGAGAGGAAUGCUCUGGUACCUGUCACUGCCGUAGGACAUUCAGACACGUCCUGGGAGCCUUUGAUUAGCAGCAGCAAUCUAGGGUGUUAAGAUCUUUGUGUCAGGCUGCAGCAGCAGGUACAACCCACUCAGCUGGAAAUGACUCACAAUCCUUAGGGAGGGUGAUGUUUAACCUGUAGCCAAAAUAAAACCGAAUUUAAAAGAAACGCAAGAGUAGCGCUGUGAAAGGUACAGUAACAUUUAAUAGCAUCUCGGAAGACAACACUGGUUAUAAACUUGCUUUUUGGCAGGAAAACAAAAUGCACUUGGUCCAGGAUUGCAAAAAAGCCAACACAAAGAGGAAAGCUGGGACAGCUGGAGCAUCAGCUGUUCUGGGGCAGCCCUGAGCCAUUAAUGCUCACCAGGGAGCCUGGGCAGGGUGGAGGGCGGCCAGAGCAGCACAGAUCCCACUUCCAGCCCCACCCAUUCCCCAGGCAGCCUUCGCCCCCAGCUCCACCGUGGUGGGCACUCAGACCCAAAUUCUGUGCAGUAUUUUUGCAUUAAAUUAAGACAAAAAAAAAAAACAAAACAACACCCUUUACUUAGUUGCCAUAAUCUCUGCAGUUGAGAUGAAGAGGGGGUAAAAGAGAUAAAAAAACAAAAGAGGAAGUGAGGCAGCAGAAUUUACAAUUUUAACAGCAACUGGGAGAAGUGGGAAGUACCAGGCAGCCCCGAGCCCUUCCCUGGCGAGGCAGGGGAGGGGGCUGA